AUGAGAUUCCAUAUCUUGUGGCCGGCAUUUCUCGCCACCUCCAGUGCCCUUCAGAUUCCGCCGUUGGCUUCUCGGCCCGAGCUUCAGAGCGUGCUUCUAGUUGACCCCAAGCAGCAGCUCGAUGAACUCUCCAGUACUCCCGAGUUCGAGAAAUGGGUCUCUGACCAGUCAGUUCGGUCCUUCUCGUAUAUUUUAGAGAACAUCGGUGGUGUGUCGCAAACUCUAGACCCUGAGAAAGUGCAUCCAGGGACGGUGAUUGCAUCACCUCUGAAAGUAAGGCCAAACUACUUUUACAACUGGAUCAGAGACUCGGCCUUGACGAUGAGAACUCUCAUAUACCACAUGAACGACCACCUCAGCAACUCAACGUCGAUGAUGGAACUCAGGCGCGUGAUCGAGCAAUACAUCGAGGUGAACUAUAGACUUCAGCGGGUUUCGAACAAGUCGGGUACCUUUAAUGAUCCGAAGCGCAAGGGCCUUGGCGAGCCCAAGUUUCUAACGAAUGGGCAGGCGUUUGACGAACGCUGGGGGAGGCCUCAGUCUGACGGCCCGGGGCUUCGAGUGUCUACCAUUCUUGGGUAUUUGUUCUUUCUCAAGGGCAACAACCUAGAAAUCGAGAGCGACUUCUUAGGAAACGUCACUUUCAUCUACAACAAGAUCAUAAAGCCAGAUUUAGAGUACAUCAUUGCCAAUUGGCGUGAAAAGCUGUUUGACUUGUGGGAGGAAAUUGAGUCGCAUCACUUCUUCAACGCCUUGACCCAGCUUAAGGCAUUACAGGAUGGACAGCGAUUUACCCAGCUUCACGUCAUGGACAUGACGUUUGCGAGGCAGCUUCAACUGACAUACCAUGAGCUUCUCGAGUAUGUCACCAACUCUGGAGGGUUCACGAGACCAUUGGUGUCGCACAUAAUCGAAACACCAGAAUUUUACGAGAAGGGCGUGCGGUCAGGCCUUGACGCCGCUAUUUUCCUUGCAGCGCUCCAUGCGCAUAAUCUAGAGUUUGGCGGUACAGAUAACAUUCCCUACGAUGUUGACGAUUCUCACAUCUUGAAUAGCAUCACCGCUAUGGCUGCUGAUAUGAAGACACGAUACCCGAUCAACAUAAGACACCAAACUGGACUGGCAUUGGGCAGAUAUCCUGAGGAUGUGUAUGACGGGUAUGGAACUUCUUUAGGAAACCCCUGGUUUAUCUCGACGUUAUCUGCUGGAGAAGUUCUUUACAAGUGGAUCUACAAGUACACUAGACGCCACGCUGAUAUUGUAAUCGAUAAACUGAACAUUGAAUUCUUCCAGCCACACGACAAGGAGUUGCAAAAUGACGGUUCAUUAGAGAACGGAGUGAUUGUAAUCUCUUACAGCUCCGACAGGUAUCAGCGAAUACUCAAGAGUUUAUACAAGUAUGCUGACACGUUUCUUCAAGUCGUGCUGAGACAUGUGGACAGGCAUGACGGGUCUAUGUCUGAGCAGUUUGAUAGAAACACCGGAUACAUGCAAGGGGCUGAGAAGUUGACGUGGUCGUAUUCGGCGUUCCACAAUUGCGUGAGAUGGAGAACGAAAGCUGCUGAUCAGAUCAGGCACCUCCAUAAUCAAGAGUAA